AUUUCCAAUACAUUGACACAACCUUCCAUUCAUGGAAGUUUUAAAAAUUAAAAAAAUAAUAAUAAUAAGUAAUUAAUAGUUGAGAUGGAUGAAAUAUCAGACAUAAAGCGCGAUUUUAAUAUCAGCAGAAUGUGUCGAACAUGUUUAAUAGAAACAGAAGAUGAAAUGCAUGAGAUAUUUGCAAAUUCACAACAAGAUCCAGAUGCAUUAACACUUAAUCAAGUUUUAACGCAAUUUGCAGGAAAUAUUCAGCUCGAGCGUAAUGAUGGACUUCCUGAUAAACUCUGCAAAGACUGCACUGAGAAAGCGUAUUUAUCUUAUAACUUUAAAGCUACGAUAGAACAAAGUGAUGCGACACUUCGUAGCGUGUUGUUCAAAGAAAAUUCAAAUCAUAAAAAAGAAUCGAUGUUUGAUGAUGGAAGUGGAAAUUAUCUUAUGGGAAUCAAAACAGAAAUAGCAUUUGUCGAUGCCGAUCCUUUCAUUGAUGACGAUGGUGAUUUUGAUGAUGCAAUUGAUUAUGCUGAAAACUCAAAUACAUCAAAUCAACAAAAUGAUGCAUACAACAAUAAUUCUUAUCCACAAAAUGUUGCGGAAGAUUUGGUUUCACCUGAAUCAGAUGGCGAAGUUAGUGAAGAGAAUCCUGAUAUGAAGCCACCAAAAGAGAAAACAAAAAAGAAUCUUAAUCAGCUUAUAUCACCAAGACUCGUUGAAAACAUCGAUUACACCAAGGAUGAAGAAGGAAAAUAUGUUUGUCAAAUAUGUAAUAAGAAGCUUGUCGACAAAAAAGGCUUAAAUCUUCAUAUUCGUCUUCAUACAGGCGAGAAUCUUAAAAGAUGCAACAUUUGCAAUCGUGGAUUUAUAAAAAGUGAUCAUCUUCGACGACAUUUACUUAUACAUGAGCGAUCUGUGAAUUGCGAAUAUUGUGAUGAGACAUUUGUGACACGUACAGAUUAUAAAAAUCAUCUUAAGGAAGAGCAUGAUGAAGAAACUACCAGUCAAGACAUUGAUAAACCACAAAAAAAUCAAAAGCCGCGACCAAGUCACAUUCAUGCAAUUUGUAAAAUUUGCGAUAAAAAGUUUCAACGUAUCUCAACACUUCGAACACAUUUAAAUCAUCAUUUGAUGUCAAAUUCCUUUGAUGAUGUUGAUGUUAAAAACAAAAUAUUUUUGUUUAAUCCAUUGGAAGUCGAUCUGGAGAAGACAAGUAAUCAAGAUUUGCAUCAAUAUUUGAGAAAUAAAUUAAAUGAGAAUGAUCAUGACAAAUUUUAUCAAAUUCUAACUCGUGAUGGUCACGAAAUGUUACUCAGUGAUUCAGAAACGGAAGACGAAAAUGAGGCAGGUCCACCUGAUGAUCGAAUCGAACUUUCACUCGAUCAAAAUGCAAUUCCAAAGCUAUUUUAUAAUUGUACACAAUGUACAAAAACCUUCAAUCGAAGCAGAGAUUCAUUUCAUCAUAUGAUAACUGAUCACAUUCACGAACUCGAUAACUUCAUUGACAAGUGCAUUGUUUGUAAUAAAUCUUUUCCCAACACUUACACACUUCACAAACAUCUCAAAUCUCAAUGUGAAAACAAAUCAAAGAAGUUUAAUUGCAAUCAUUGCAAUAAAAAGUUUAUGUGGUUGGAUUCCAUGGCAAAGCAUAUGGAACAUGAACAUCCAGGCACAGAAAAGAUCAAAAUGUAUACGUGUGAGUUAUGUGGCAAAGCCUUCUCAAGAUCAGAACAUCUUGAACGUCACAGAAAAACUCACAAUCCUUCGGAGAAGAAAUUUGAAUGUCCUGUUUGUCAGAAGAAAUUUAAUCGAAAGGAUAAUUUGAGAUCUCAUAUGAAAAUUCAUAAAGAUAACAGAGAUGAUGAGGAUAAACAUCUAUGUAUUUAUUGCGGUAGAGCCUUCAGUAAUUCAUCGAAUUUAAUCGUUCAUAUGCGUCGACAUACUGGAGAAAAGCCUUAUAAGUGUGACUUAUGUGAAAAAGGUUUUCCAAGAUCUUCUGAUCUUCAAUGCCAUCGUAGAACUCAUACAGGAGAAAAACCGUGUUUGUGUACGAUAUGCGGUAAAGGUUUUUCAAGAUCUAAUAAACUUGUUCGACAUAUGAGAAUACAUACUGGCGUCCGUCCUUAUCAAUGUACCUAUUGCGAUCGAGCUUUUACUCAAUCGAAUGAUUUGACUUUACAUAUUAGAAGACAUACAGGAGAGAAACCUUACGUUUGUGCCGUUUGUGGUGAUCGGUUUAUUCAAGGCACAGCACUUAAACAGCAUCAACGAAUGCAAGGACAUUUUGAAGGCAGUCAACCAAGUCCUUAUUCAAGUAUUAGUGUGAACAAUCCAAGUCGUUAUACAAAUUCGAAUCUUGUUAAUAGAAGAUAUUGUGUCGAUCAAGCUCAACAGCAACAAGGAACGAAUCCAUUGCCUAUUAAACCGGUGAUACCAAGAAGAAGAACAGUUAAUAAUAUUGUGACGAGUGGAAUUACACAAAUGAUGCCUUUGCAACAAAUGAUUCCAUCGACUUCAUCGAUGAUGAGUCAGAUAACGAUGAAUCAAGAUACGUCCUCUGAUGUGAUGAGCUUACGAUCACCCUCACCUCAUCAAUCAUCAGCUUCACAUACGCCGGUAUCAACACCAAUACCACACAAUAUUGAUAUAAAACCAAAUAUUCAGAACCUGAACCUUCCACAGUACAAUGGAACGUUGCCACUUGUGCCCAAUUUACCGAAUAUGGAAAUAGCAACGCUCUUUUUUAACCAAGGGCUCCUCCUUUUCAUCCGAAUUUCUUUUCGACAUAUGGCUCCGACUGCACCAAAAAAGGCAGCCAAAGGCAAGAAAGUUGCCAAAACUGUCAAAAAUCGCGAUUUGGGAAGUGGAAUCACUCGUUGGUCUCGCUAUAAGAUUCUUCAUAAGAACUCCUUCCGCUUGAAGUCAGUGAAAGCUGAACAGAAAAAGAACCCAGUAACCAAGAAAGCCCCAUCUAAAGUUAAGGUGACUGUUGAGAAACAAAUUGGUGGAGCAAAGAACGGAAAAACUCGUAUCGUUCGUGUGCAAAAAAAUCGUGCUUCUUACGCUACCAAGGCAAAGGUAACAAAGCGACCAACUAAGAACUACUUCAAGAAACAUGUUCGUUUCACCCGCCGUACAUUAGUACCCGGUAAAGUGCUUGUUCUCCUUGCUGGUCGUCAUAAGGGUAAACGUGUUGUGUUGUUGAAAGUUCUUCAAUCAGGAUUACUUCUGGUCAAUGGACCAUUCUAUUUGAAUAGUUGUCCAAUGCGUCGCAUUUCCCAACGUUAUGUCAUCGCCACAAAGACACGCGUUAACUUGAAAGGCGUCACCAUUCCCGAGCACAUCAACGAUGCUUAUUUCAAACGCGCCGACAAGAAGAAGGCACGUAAGACCGAAGGUGACAUCUUCGCUAAGCAAGAAGAGAAAUAUCAACCAUCAGAACAGCGUAAGAAGGAUCAAGUUGAGGUCGAUAAAUUGGUGAGAGCAUCAUUGAAGAAAACAAAUCAAGGACUUCUCGUUAGCAAAUACUUGAAGUCAUAUUUCGCUUUGAGAUCCCAUCAAUAUCCACAUCGCUUGCGAUUCUAA